CAUAAACAAUUCUGAGAAUCAACAAUGUCUUGGCUGCUCAGCAAUAAUGGCCUGCUCCUAUUUGCCAGUUUCUUUGUCUGUGUCUACAUAUAUUUCUAUUCCUUCGUUAGAUUCGAAUUAGCAAAAACCGAGCCCACCAUAAACCCUGAACAGUCCAUAUCACACGAAGAUACUUCCCAAAUUCCAAGUCAAAACAAAUUUAACGUUUUUGAUCAUGUGUGCAAAAUACCAAGAGUCGAUCCAUUCUCCCCUGAUGUCAUGGCCCUUUUUAAACCUCCCAAGCCCAAGACCUGUACGGAUCAGCCCGGUCUAUUCACUGUUCGAUAUAAUAAACAGCAAAAACUAUAUCUAUUGCGCUUUAAUAAAUCUCUAUUUGUGGACCUAUUUCCAAGUGUGAUCCACUAUGCGUGCGUCUUUUACGAGAUCAUUAGUGGAACAAGUGAUAAGCCCAUCUGGAACAAGGGAUCACCAUUUACUUGUAGUGACCGGAUCGUGCCCCGUUCCAUUCAAGGAAUUGUCGUGGAGUGCUUUGAGUUAGGCAACAGGUCUCGAGUCCUGCAGCGCGAUGCAUUCUCUUUUGUCCAGCAUCUAGUCGGACGGAACGAAACGAACGAUGAGAAGCGCAGUCGGGCCUAUCCCAGUGUCAUAAUGUUGGGCAUUGACUCCAUGUCGCAGAUGAACUUUCAGAGAACGAUGCCACUGACUGCAAAGUUUCUGAGGCAGCCAGGGUGGACUGAGAUGCUUGGCUAUAAUGGACUAUUCAACAAUGGCUUUCAAAAUAUGUUUUCCCUAUUAUCUGGCGGUUCUCCGCAACUGUGGAAGCAGUAUUGUGAUGUGAAGAGACCGGGUUGUUUAGAUACUAUUACCUUCCUGUGGAAUCAUUUUCACAACUCGGGAUAUUUGACUGCCUAUGCGGAAGACUCUCCCUCCUUACCCUUUACGCGCAAGCCCGUGGAUUACUAUCUCUAUCCCAUUCUGAAAGUGUUUAAGGAAAUUAUGGAAGGAGAAGGGCGUCAGGGGGACUCUGACUACUGCCUGGGUCGGAGAGAAAGUUUCCACUAUGUUUUCGAGUCUUGCCUGCAGUUGGUACAGCGAUUCAUGAAUGAGACGCACAAGCCGCUCUUCGGACUCUACUGGACAAAGACCUUCAGCCAUGAGGACUUUAGCGCAGCAGCACGUGUGGAUAGGGAUUUCGUGAGGUAUCUUGAGCUGUACAGGGAGCUCGGCUUAUUCGAUAAGGCAGUUGUCAUCUUGUUCAGCCUCCAUGGACAGCGCCAGGGACCUUUGAUGCGGUUAGCCUCGGGCUUUCUGGAAGAGCGAUUGCCCAUGUUGCACAUCUAUUUACCGCCUUGGUACCGGAGACAGUAUCCAGACGUCAAACAAGCGCUUGAGGUGAAUCGUCGUCGGCUGUGCUCCCCAUAUGAUUUGCAUUUGACGCUUAAGAAUCUGCUCGUGCAGGUGCAUCCAAAUUUGGAGUUUGAAAUCGUGUGCAACAGCUGCAUGUCGCUGCUUUACAUUGUUCCAGAGAAUCGCAGUUGUGCAGGGGCAAAAAUUCCGGAGUGGAUUUGCUCGUAUCAUCAAGAACUCUAUAAUUCGGAGGGACAAAUUGUGAAACCGGCCGAUGGCAUUCAAAGGUAUCGCAUUAAAUUCAUUACGCAGCCCAAUGGCGUUUUCCUUGGUAACAUUUUCAUCAACAGUCAAAAUAAUAUUGCAGACGUGCCGUACCAUCGAAUAACACGUUUCAACACUCAUAGUAAGUGUGUGGAUGGGAGCAUUAACGAUAUUUUAUGUGUCUGUCGAUAG